UGCCGCAAAAAAACAGCUGUCUGUGUAACGUGCGUCACAUAACUUUGAAGUUAUUCUCCUGCCCACUUAGCCGAAUGAUCCGCAACGUAGUGGUGGGCGUGUCGGGGGGCGUGGACAGCGCCGUUUCCGCCCACCUGUUGGCGGAGCGCGGAUUCAAUGUGCUGGGCGUGUUCAUGCGCAACUGGGAUGAAGUGGACGAAGUGGGUCGUUGCAGCGGGGAGGCGGACCUGAAGGACGCCGAGUGGGCGUGCCGGCAGCUGGGCGUGGAGCUGCGACAGGUGAACUACGUGCGCGAGUACUGGACGGCGGUGUUUAGCCAAUUCCUGGACGAUUACCAACUGGGACUGACACCAAACCCAGACAUCCUGUGCAAUCGCCACAUUAAGUUCGACCUUUUCCACAAGCACGCCCUGGAGAAUCUCGGUUACGAUGCCGUGGCCACGGGGCACUAUGCCCGCAAUAGUCUGGGCAACUUCCUGGAGGGGAUUGCCUCCAACAACGAGGCCCACCUGCUAAUACCCGCCGAUACAUUCAAGGAUCAGACAUUCUUUCUGGCAGGCAUUCCCCAAAAGGCGCUGCAACGCACCAUGUUUCCGUUGGGAGAUUUCCAGAAGAGCCAGGUCAAGGACCUGGCCAAGAAGAUUGGACUCCAGCGACUGGCCAACAAGAAGGAAAGCACUGGCAUUUGCUUCGUUGGCAAACGCAACUUCAAGGACUUUAUCCAGGAGUACAUCACCUCCAAGACUGGACCCUUCCUAGACAUAGAUAGUGGAGCUGUGGUUGGCCACCACGAGGGCAUCCAUCAGUGGACUGUGGGCCAGCGGUGCCGUCUGAGUUCAUUCCUCCAGCCCUAUUUUGUGGCCAGAAAGGAGGCCGCCAGCAAUACCAUCUAUGUGGCUGCUGGCCACAACCACCCCGCCCUUCUGAGCACCCACAUAAACGUCGAUCCACCCAACUGGCUGUGUUCCAAGUCCCAAAAGAUUCUCACGGACACUGGCAGCUUGAGAUGUCGCUUUCGUUUCCAGCACACCAAACCCUUAGUGGGCUGCCACCUGCGGCUCUCUCCAGAAAACAGCUUCCAUGUCGAGUUGGAGGCUCCCUUAAGAGCUAUAACCCCAGGACAGUAUGCUGUGUUUUAUAGCGACACUGCCUGUUUGGGUUCAGCCCGCAUCCUCAGCGCCAAUCCCCUAACGAAAGACGCACAGACACAGCAGGCUCAAGCUGCAAAUCUGGUUAGUUGAUGUCUCCUCUGGGGAAAUAACUUUUUAUAGGCCAGUAAAUAAACCAAAUGUAAGAAUGCAGUCCAACUGCGUAGCAUAAUUAGUAGAUUUUCGUAGAUUCGGACGCCGAG